UCCUCCUCUCUGUCCCUCUGUAAACUGCAGACAGCUGAACAAACACACAUUUACAUUCUGCUCAUGUUUCCCUUAGCAACAGAUCCUCUCCUCCAGGAGCAGCUCCUCACUCCACCAACAGGGGUCCUCACUGCAUGCAGGGACUGGAGUCAGCCUCAGUCUGGAGCCAGCAGGGAAAUGGUUCCCCUGUUCUCUGUGUAAGAUCGAGGAGGACCCGGAGGUCCAUGGAGGGGUCCUGGAUCUGCUGUCAGGGAUGGGAGGAGUAGUCAGUCCGGGGAGAGCUGCAGAGGAAUCCACAACUUGAGUUCAACAAGCGGAUCAACAGGACUCCGAGAGUCUGUAAAAACAUGGCUCACUGUCUCUGCCUGCACCCCGAGCCUGGAUCCUAAACCAGGACUGGCUCUGCCUGGAUCCUAAACAGGGACUGUCUCUGCCUGGAUCCUAAACCAGGACUGUCUCUGCCUGCACCCCGAGCCUGGAUCCUAAACCAGGACUGUCUUUGCCUGCACCCCGAGCCUGGAUCCUAAACCAGGACUGUCUCUGCCUGCACCCCGAGCCUGGAUCCUAAACCAGGACUGUCUUUGCCUGCACCCCGAGCCUGGAUCCUAAACCAGGACUGUCUCUGCCUGGAUCCUAAACCAGGACUGUCUGCCUGGAUCCUAAACCAGGACUGUCUCUGCCUGGAUCCUAAACCAGGACUGUCUCUGCCUGCACCCCGAGCCUGGAUCCUAAACCGUGAGGUAGCUGGUCUCAGGGCUGGAAUGGAGUAAACACACUGUAACCUGGCUUUGUACACAGUAACAGGGGAGAGAGGAGCUCCUGGUUCAGGUCUAACCCACUGUCAGCUUCAGAGGGAGAGGGACAGACCUGAUAAACACGCAGAGGGACACCAUGUGGACCCCCCCAGGGACCUGGAUCUGGAGAGUCGCUUUGUGCUGCGCGCUUCUGGAAACACUGCUGCACACUGCCGGAGGUCUUAACUUGUGUAUGAGUGGCAGCGCUACAUCCUGUGAAGAAUGCCUCCUGAUUCACCCCAGCUGCGCCUGGUGCGCACAAGAGGACUUCAGGAGGGGCCGGACUCUGACGUCACGCUGCGACUUCCUUCAGAACCUGCAUAAGAGGGGCUGCGAGCCGCAGUUCAUCGAGUACCCCAGCAGCAGUGUUUCCAUCCUGCAGAACAUGCCCCUGAGCUCUAAGGGGUCCGGAGCGACCCCCAGCGUGGUCCAGAUUAUGCCCCAGAAGAUCUCAGUCAGCCUGAGGCCCGGAGGCCAGACCUGGUUCGGGCUGCAGGUCCGGCAGGUUGAGGACUACCCGGUAGAUCUGUACUACCUCAUGGACCUGUCCCUGUCCAUGAAAGAUGAUCUGGACACCAUCCGUAACCUGGGCACCAAGCUGGCCCUGGAGAUGGGGAAACUCACCAGUAACUUCAGGCUGGGCUUCGGAUCCUUCGUGGACAAAAACAUGUCCCCCUUCUCGUACACGGCGCCCAAGUAUCAGGAGAACCCCUGCAGCGGAUACAAACUGUUCCCUAACUGCGUCCCCUCCUUCGGGUUCCGGCACAUCGUCUCUCUGACGGACAAAGUGGACCGCUUCAACGAGGAGGUGCAGAAGCAGAUGGUGUCCCGCAACCGGGACGCACCUGAGGGCGGGUUUGACGCCAUCCUGCAGGCGGCUGUUUGUAAGGCGGAGAUCGGCUGGAGGAAGGAGGCCUACCACCUGCUGGUGUUCGCCACAGACGACGUCCCUCACCUGGCUCUGGACGGCCGGCUGGGAGGCCUCGUCCAGCCUCACGACGGGGAGUGUCACCUGAACGAGAAGAACGAGUACAGCGCCUCCACGGAGAUGGACUAUCCUUCUCUGGCGCUCCUCGGGGAGAAACUGGCAGAAAACAACAUCUUCCUCAUCUUUGCUGUGACCAAACGUCUCUACGUUAUUUAUAAGAACUUCACUGCUCUGAUACCCGGGACCACGGUGGAGAUCCUGGACCAGGACUCUAAGAAUGUGAUCCAGCUGAUCGUUGCAGCGUACAAUAACAUCCGCUCCAAGGUGGAGCUGUCGGUGUGGGAUCACCCAGAGGACAUCGGUCUCUCCUUCACCGCCACAUGUCAGGACGGACAGCCGCUGCCGGGCCUCAGGAAGUGUGCUGACCUGAAGAUCGGAGACACGGUGUCCUUCAACGUGAGCGUGGAGGCGAGGAGCUGCCCUCCCGGCGGCGCCGAUCAGAGCUUCACCAUCAAGCCGGUGGGCUUUAAGGACCGCCUGGAGGUGACCCUGGAUUAUCAGUGUGACUGCGGCUGCAGCAAGAAAGCUCAAACCAACAGCAGCAUCUGCAGCUCCAUAGGCACGUAUAACUGCGGGAUGUGUCACUGCGAGCCGGGCUACCUGGGCGCCCGCUGCGAGUGCCAGGAGGGCGAGGCCAGCAGCAUGUACCUGAGCGCCUGCAGGGAGGCGGAGGGCAAGCAGGUCUGCAGCGGGAGAGGAGAGUGCAGCUGCAACCAGUGCCUCUGCUACGAGUCCGAGUUCGGGAAGAUCUACGGGAGCUACUGCGAGUGUGACGACUUCUCCUGCGCCCGACACAAAGGCAUCCUCUGCUCAGGUCACGGAGAGUGUCACUGCAGCGAGUGUAAAUGCCACGCCGGGUUCAUCGGGGACAACUGUAACUGCUCCACAGAGACGUCCACGUGCGUCUCUGACGACGGGCAGAUGUGCAGCGGGCGAGGGAACUGUGUGUGUGGACGCUGUCAGUGCACCGAGCCCGGAGCCUUUGGAGACACCUGUGAGAAGUGUCCCACCUGCCCGGAUGCCUGCGGCACCAAAAGGGAAUGCAUCGAGUGUCGACUCUUUGACUCAGGACGACUCGACAACCAGACCUGCCAGCGCCUCUGCAAGGACGAAAUCAUCACUGUGGAGUCCCUCAAAACGGAGGAGCCCGGCGCCGUGCUCUGUCUCUACAAGACAGAAAACGACUGUGUCAUGAAGUUCACGUACUCAGAGCACGUCAGCGGACAGUCCAUCCUCACCGCCCUCAAAGAGCCGGAGUGCGCCGGUGGUCCUGACGCCAUGACGGUCCUGCUGGCGGUGGUCGGCAGCAUCCUGCUGGUGGGCGUGGUUCUGCUCGCCGUCUGGAAGUUAGUCAUCACCAUCCACGACAGGAGGGAGUUUGCACGCUUCCAGAGCGCCCGGUCACGAGCCCGAUACGAGAUGGCCUCCAACCCUCUGUACAAGCAGCCGGUCACCACACACUUUGUGGAAACAGACUUCAACAUGUACGGGAAGUCCUACAACGGAGGGGUCCACUGAUCCCUCGGCACGGGGCACGGCAGGACCGGUCCAACGGAACAGAUCCCUGGAGGACGAAGGAGGGACACGAGGCGGAGGGCGGACUGAUCACACUCAUCCCUCUGCAUGCGUUGCUAAAGAACUGAGCCGACCUGUCUGAGGGAGGAGCCUGUGGCCUUUUUCAUCUGUCAGAGGAGAGCCGACCACGGAGACGCCACUUCUUCCUUCAGGCGGCGGAGGAGGAGGAGGAGCCACAAAGCGAGAACUUAUCGCCCGUGUUUAGAGAAGAGAGAGAGAGAGGGUAGAGUUAGCGGUGAGUUUGUCUGCAGUUACACAAGAUAAAUAAACUCUCUCAUAACUCCAGCCACUUAAACCAACACUCACUCUUUGUGCAGAGCAGGCAGGACAGCGGCUUAUAUUUGUAUAUUUUUAUAAACAUUAAAAUGCCUUUUUGUUGUUUUGGUAUAAACUAUGCACGGACAGAGACUCUGACCUCCACGUCCUUUCAGACGCUGAGAGCACAUGUUGAUGAUGCUGUGGUACUAACAUUUACUAAGCAGUAGACUUCUUACCUUCGGUUUGCACAGAGAAGAGUCACGUGUAAAGGGUUAAAUUUUCUUCUUGGUGUGUAUGAGUGUGUGUUGUCGUUUGCUCCGGUUGCACUCCGCUCUCUUAUUGUGAGUCACACCCCGACCUCUGAACCCUGAGAGGAGGCGGCUGCUGCUGUGUUUGUCUGUCUGGCAGCAGCUCCCAUGAAAAGAACCAAACCAACAGCCCUAAAUAUUUGGAUCCACGGUGAUGGGAGCACACAGACCAAACACUUCUGAUCCUGAAGGGAAGACAGAAAUGUUUCAGUCCAACCGUUUUCAAAUAAGAACCUCUCAGAUCAAAUCCUGCAGACCAGAACGCUUUCAGCCGACAUGACAGAACGCGUGACGUAGCAGCAGGCCGCUGGACGAGCUAGUCCCAACAUCCAAUUCAUCUGAAACCAUUGAGUAGCUUACCGGCUGUUCAUAACACAAGCUAACGUGCAGUCAGCUUCACACGAACACAGCAAACGCCUUGGUUAACAAAAUGCAUCUACGUUUUUUAACCGAUGCAGUCAAAGACAAACUGUUUAAAUUGAAUCAUCAGAAAUCUAAAUCUGUCUGAAACUUGGACUGUUUUAAAAUUUUAGGGGUUACACGUGUUUGAAAUGUUUGAAAUGUUUAGCUUCUCUGAAAAGGCUGAGCGGUGUUCUGGACGAGCUGGCUUUAAGUAAACACGACUCAAUCUGUAGGAAAGUAUGAACACAGCGCUGCAGGCACCUCAUUGGUCAACACAGCUGUCAAUCAUGGCCUUAAUAUGGAAGAGGGUUUGGGACACUGAUUAUUUUUAAGUCCCGCCCUUUUUUUCUCAGAAUUCUGUCCUUUAAGAUCAAAGACAACAUUCUAGAAUUCUGUCCUUUAAGAUCAAAGACAACAUUCUAGAAGUCUGUCCUUUAAGAUCAAAGACAACAUUCUAGAAUUCUGUCUUUAAGAUCAAAGACAACAUUCUAGAAUUCUGUCCUUUAAGAUCAAAGACAACAUUCUAGAAUUCUGUCUUUAAGAUCAAAGACAACAUUCUAGAAUUCUGUCUUUAAGAUCAAAGACAACAUUCUAGAAUUCUGUCUUUAAGAUCAAAGACAACAUUCUAGAAUUCUGUCUGUGAUGUCAGAGUUCUGAGGGUAAAGUCAACAUUCUAAAGAAGAGUCAGAUCUACACUGAUCCUGCUUUGUUCCUCUUUUUAAAACAUCAAUAAUAAUUCAGAGUAAACAGAAACAUGAACACUGAGACAUAAAUCAGCGUGAUUAGAACUAUAACGACUGAAACAUGUUUGAUGAACAUUUAUGUGACCUGUGUUUGGAUUUCAGAGUUUGAUCCAUGUCCCAUCUGUUAACAUGGUGGAGGCGGGGUUUAUGACCUAUACUGCAGACAGCCAGCAGGGGGAGCUCUAUGAUUUCAUACUUCAUUUUGGACUUGACGAGUCGUCCAUCUUUUUUUAUACAGUCUACAUCUAGCUUGUGAAGUCAGAACCAGCAUUAACAGCUUUUCUAAACACGUUGGAUAUUUUUCAGUUUGGACUGAUUGAUCAAAGAGAGUCUGAUGAUGUCACCUCGAGCCAGAGGAAAAUACGGCAUUCAUUUUUUUAGGGAUAUUUGUUUACGUAUCAAUCAAGUAAAAAAACACACACACACACACACACACACACACACACACACACACACACACACACACACACAUAUAUCUGCACUGAAAUGAACAGUUUAUACGCUUCACUGCAGCUUUCUGACCGCAGAGGAGGAGGACUAGUGUUCUCUGCUUUCAUUGUUUUUGUAAAAUUUAGUUAAAAUGAGAUAAAAAUGUCAAACAGCACCAGCUAACCAGCUAACCAGCUAACCAGCUAACCAGCUAACACCUGAAUUCAACAACACCGCACAAACAGAGACGACCUCUGAUGUUGUUUACUGAAAAUCCAGCACUGUAAUGACUGCCUUAACGCUCUCUGGUACAGUUACUCCUGUCAGAUUCAGAUACAGGGUACACACACACACACACACACACACACACACACACACACACACACACACACACACACACACACAGGCAGUACUUUGAGGCUGACUCUCUGAUUGGCUGCUGCGUUCUGAAGUCCCUGCGUGGCUGCGUGUCCACCCGGCCUGCUCUGGGAGAGGGUGGAAACUCUGAGAAACCUCAAAGGAUAGAGUCCAGAGUCGUAAAUCCUCUGACAGCGUUCCCACAGGAAGGGGCGGAGUCCUGGAGGAGUCAGUGAGACAUGAUAGAGGUGUUCUGCGGCCUGAGCAGAGACCGUCUCUGGGUUGGAGUUGUGUAAGAGUGUGUUUGAAUGAGCGGCGUGUAUGUAAAUAAUAUAACACGUAUGCACAGUGCCAAAUGAUGACAUGUUGUGGUGUUCAGCCUCAGCAGUGUUUACUAAACUGUCUCACCCUCCCACACCUUCCUCCGCUCCAACACAAACAUUAAACUGCUCUCUGUACAGACGUGGACGUUUCCACACGAGGACUCACUCCGCUCCAUGUUUAUGUAAAUCUGCACACAGACAAUAAAUCUGCUUCAGUCUAAAGAGA